AUGCCACUGGAGGGGGCGCAAGAGACACAGGGGCAGCGCGUAGUGCAGCUUGGCCAUCCCAAUGGCCCCGUAAAUGGUCAUCGCGAAGGAGGCGGGGCAUCCGUCGCCUCGCACGAGUAUGCGACGCAAGAAGCACUCAACACGGCGCGUUUCACGGCGUACACGGCCUACCUCGUUGUUCCACUGGAGUCUGUGGUCGAUGGUGAGGCCAAGGUAGCGCACGUGUGUUUUCCACGGCAGUGGGACACCGUGCAGUGUGAUGGGGGCAGUGGUGCGGCGAGCACUGGCGCGCGGAUGCACAAGGAGUGCUUCAGCUUUCACAGCCGAGAUGCGCAGGCCAAUGCCGUCCAAGAAUCCGGCCACGGCCACGAGAGCACUCUGGAGGCACCGGAGGACGGCGUUGAUUUCCUCUGCCGGCUGUCGCAAAAUAAAAGGAAAGCUACAUCGAGGGACCUGACAAGCGACCUGUCGCAGAUUCACAUAGACCAGGCAGUGGAGGAAUUUGUGGCAAACAAUGAGACCAGUGUGAGCAAUGAGAACGGUGGCCUGGAUGGUGCAACAAAUGAAGGAGAACGCCUGCUCUUGACGCCUCUCAUCAAUGCUGGUAAUCUGGAGGAGGCCAAGUCGUCCAGCAAGGUCGGACCUAUCGGGGCUGAUUACGAGGUGCCCAGCUACUCUGGCUACAUCACAGUCAAUCCACAGUACAAUAGCAACCUAUUCUUCUGGUUCGUGCCUUCACUGAAAGAUCCAGAGAAUGACCCGGUGAUACUGUGGAUGCAAGGGGGACCUGGUACGUCCUCGCUUCUGGGCUUCUUCAAUGAACAUGGUCCUUACUACCUGUCCGAGGAUGGCAACGAGGUGGCUUUCCGCGAUCUCACAUGGACGAAGCGCUACUCGAUGCUCUACGUGGACCAACCCGUGGGAACGGGAUACAGCUAUACUGAAAACGACGCCGGCUACGCCCGUAACCAGACCGAAGUUGGCCGCGACAUGUUGGAGUUCCUGCAACAGUUCUUCACGUUGUUCGGAGAGCUGGCUCAGAACGAUUUCUACAUCGCGGGUGAAUCCUACGCCGGUAAGUACGUGCCGACUGUGGGCGCCGCGCUGCACGAGAACGCGGACACGAUGCGGGUCCAGAUUAACUUCCGCGGCAUCGCCUACGGCAACGGCCUGACGGACCCCAUAAACAUGAUGGAUUUCGGCAGUUUCAUCUACGGGAUAGGUCUCAUCGACCGCAGCGCCGCCGACUACAUGAUGCGAGUGGCCAAGGACGCGGUCGACAUGGUCCGCGCAGGUCACACAGUCGAGAGCGGCAUCAUGAUGGACAGACUCUUCUUCGGUGUCCUGACGCACGAAACUUUCUUCAAGAACGUCACGGGCUUCGAGUACUACUACAACUACCUGACCGACACGGAGCCCGAAGGUAGCAAGGCGUACAAGGCGUUCGUCCAGAAGCCCGAGAUCCGGCGCGCCCUUCACGUGGGUCAGCAAGGGUUCAGCAUGGGCCGCGAACUCGUGGCAGCCCACUUCAUCACCGACAUUAUGCGCUCGGCGGUGCCGCAGUUCACUGUGGUGCUGGAGAACGGCUACAAGGUGCUGGUUUACAGCGGUCACUUGGACAUCUGCGUGCCCACGACGCACACGGAGAAGUUCUUGGCCAAUGUGGCUUGGUCGCACGGGGACAAGUGGUCUCACGCACCUCGCCACAUCUGGCGAAGCGCCGAUGGCAAGCGCCUGUACGGCUACAAGAAGAGCGUCGCCAACCUCAACUUCGUCGUGGUUCGCAACGGAGGCCACGUGCUGCCUUACGACCAGCCUGAGGCCAUGUUCGAGCUCAUCACAGCCUUCAUUGACAACGAGCCGCCUUUCUCAGAACAGGCUGUCUCUACCGCGUAGGCGACGUAUCUGUCCCGGCGCUUACACCUAAUUUGCUCGGGAAGCGCGGUUACCGAAUAUACGUAAGAUGAGGGCGCAUGAAUAUCAUAACAUGAAAAAGAAUUUAGCAUGGAGCUUGAUGCUCUUGACGUCAGCUUGCAUGCUCUAAUCUUUCUGUUUACAUUUAGAUCUAAAUCAAUGCGUACGUUGCAACACGGCGCAGUAGCAUUGUGCUAUCCUAUUAUCAUACGGCAUGCGUUUGAAAGGUUGCACUAAGUUAAAUAAAGACAUGGCGCAGAACGAAAAAAAUAAUAAAGGACCCACAACGUCGAGCGCUACAAAUGCGCUAGACGUCGUGUGUCUUUUAUUAUUAUCUUUUUUUCGUUCUGCGCUGUGUUUCUGUUUAACUUAGUGCAAAUUUCAAGAUGAAUGAACACUAACUAAUCCACCUUAUUGCUCUGCUCACUAUGGCAUGCUAUGAAAUAUUACUUCCCGUUGCUUUUGGAACCUGUCGUUCGCAACCAGGUAGGCGUUUCUAGUCAAUAUUAAUUGCGCAGUGUACCACACGCACCAUUGGUAUUUGUAUGUACUUUGCACUACUUUAGUAACGGCACUUCCCAGGUUGUGGAAUGCAGAGUUAACAGCGACGGUGCGAUGGUAAAUUGAGUGAAAAUAAGACAGCGGUAUUUUUGUACUUAGGUUAUGGCGUCCCCACGCCGCCAGUUUCCCACACGGUGAAUCGCCUCCCAAUCGACUUGAAGCUUCGUUCUGCCGAUUACCGGGCUGGAAGCGCGCUUGUGUUUAUUUUACCGGGAGGUAC